GAAUGCAAUGACUCAGCAGCUACAGGAUGAAUUUGACAGUAGCGUGGAGAAUGCAGAAGCUUGGAUGAAGGCCAUCCAAGAGAGACUGAGGAUCAAUGACAACACCAAGGGACCUCGAUCUGCCCUAGAAGCCAGACUGAGAGAGACUGAGAAAAUACGUGCGCUGGAACCAGAAGGCAGCUUGAAAAUGGACUCGAUUCUUGUGAAGGCAGAUGCUGCUCUUCGCAGCAUCGAUGAGGAUAAGAAGCAUGAGGUACUAUCUAAACUGAAAGACAUUAAAGCCUUGUGGGAAGAGACAGCCAUAUACAUCACUCACUGUCACAGCCGUAUUGAGUGGGUCUGGCUGCACUGGAGUGAGUACCUGAAAGCCCAAGAUGAGUUUUACGCAUGGAUUCACAACAUGAGGGUGACCUUGGAGCCUGACAUUGAGUUGCAGCUUGGCUUAAAGGAGAAGCAGUGGCAGCUGAGCCAUGCUCAGGUUCUGCUGAAUGAUGUCUUAAAUCAGUCAGUCCUGCUGGAAAGGCUGCUAGAGGAAGCUAGCAGGAUAGGUGACCCCAGCGUUGAUGAGGAUGUUCAGAAGAAAAUGAGGGUGGAAUAUGAAGGAAUCAGGGAAGAAGCUCAGAGCAGAGUGAAACUGCUUGAAAAGAUAACCAGGGAACAUGAACAGUACAGCGCUAACGUCAACCAGUUUCAAUCGUGGCUGAAUGCUGUGACAGAAAGAUUAAACUGCUGCAUUGGAGAAGCAACCAAGUCUUCGGCAGAGGACAAGUUAAAGACAUUGAAGGAAAUUGCCAAAAACAUUAGGAGCGGUGGAAAGAAAUGGAAGCACCUUGAAACUCAAUGUGCAGAGGUGAUUCAGAAUACCUCCCCACUCGGAGCUGAGAGAAUGAAGGAUGAACUUGAAGAGCUAAGAAAAGCUUUGGAGAAGUUGAAACUGCUGGGUAGUGAGGAGGAGGAGAGAUUGCUCAAGAUCCAACAGUCAGAAAGUGCCUAUGAGUCCCAAGCCAGACAAUUAGAAGCAGACAUCCAGGAGCUGAGAAAAGAUCUACAAAGACUAGAAAAUGACUUGGACCCUGGGGAAGGGGAAAAGACUGAAGAUGAGUUUGUAACUCUGUGGAGAAAAUGCAAUGCAACGAGAGCAGCUCUGGCUGCAGAAGAAUCCAAGGUUGAGAGGCUGAAGGCUCAGCUUAAGGAACUGCUACGGUUUUCCCAAGAUGUGCAGCCACACGCUGAGAGUGUUGUCUCUGCAAUACAGCAGUAUCAAAGUGUUAGAGGCAAGACAUCUAAAAUGAGCACUGACACAGAAACCCAGCUGAGAAGACUCUUCCAAAAUCCCCUGCAAGAUUUUGAACAGUGGAAGCCAUCGGUCCAGAUGCUCCUGGAGACUCCGGAGCCAGCGCUGGCUCACAUUGAGGCUGCUCUAGCUGAAAGCUCCCAGUUCAAAGAGAAGUUGAUGACAUUACAGCUGAAGAAGGAUUUGCUAAACAAUGUCCUUGGUGAGGAGAAAGCAAAGUCUUUCCUGCAAGAAGUAGCUGAAGCUUCAAAGGAGAGAGAAAUUCUACACAAAGGUCUGCUGCAAAGCAAAAGCAAACUCCAGAAUUUGAUAUCACAACAUAAGGACUUUGAUGCUGGUUUUGCACCUUUGCAGAAGAAAUUAUCUGCCAUCAAAGCCAAAUUAGAUCUAGAGAAGGAACCGCGGCCUGACCUCUUGGGUAAAAAGACACAACUCCAGAGACUCCAGAUGAUCCAAGAUGACUUGGCAGAGCUUGCGAUUCAAAUGGAGGAGGUAGAGAAGCUUGUUCAGUCAAAUACCACACACAGGCAUGAAAUGAACCAACUUUCAGCUGACGCUCAGGCCCUGAAGAGAUCAUUGGAGAGGAUGAUACAGCAGAGUGAAGGGCAUGUUCAGAAGCAUUGGGCAUAUAAUGACAAACUUUCAGACCUCCAGCAGUGGAUCACAGUAACCACGGAGAAGAUUGGCUCCUGCCAGGGUGCUGAUGGAGAGCAGACCACCGAGGGCAGGGUGGAAGACCUUGAGAGAUGGCUAGCUGAGUUUCCAGAUAAGGAGAUCCAGCUACACCUUGUGGAAGCUCAUGGCCAGCUGGUCAUGGAGAAUUCUUCCCCAGAGGAGACUGCCCAUGUCCAGGCAGAGCUGGAUCAGCUGAAGGAGUCAUGGAGAUCACUGAAGGAGAUGGCAACUAGUCUUCUCAAAAAGUGGCAGUUAAAUAGACCAGUGGCUGAUAAGAAGAAAAUAGCAUCUGUGGACAGAAGGUGGAUGUCUGGACCUGCCUUCCAUCUUUUAGACAUAGAUCCCAACCAUAAGCAGGAGAGGAAAGGAGAAGGGCAAAAUAUGAGCAGCCACUUGAAGCUUCUACACAACUUUGAAGAGUGGUUACAAGGAGAAAACACCAAACUGACCAAAAUUCUUGCUGCGACUUCAUCGUCCACAGAGGAAAUUAAGGCACGCCAAAGCAAACUGGAGGAGCUACAGUCUCGUGUGCCUGAUGGUCAGUGUCUCUUUGAGGACCUUCUUCAUCUUCAUCCUGUCGUUGGAAACUCUGAAGAUCUGGAGGACCUGCGUUACCGAUGGAUGCUCUACAAAUCUAAACUGAAAGAGUCCAUAAGCUCAGCGAGUCCUGGAUCUUUGGAAGAACAAGACAGAUUCAGAAAG